AUGACCGACGUUUCGCCCACCGUCGACUCCACGUCUCCGACGACCACGAACCGCAAAGCCUCGACCGGAGAGGCGAAAGAGAAGGAGAAGCGCUACAAGUGUCAGUUCUGUAAUCGCGCAUUCUCGCGCUCAGAACAUCGUUCGCGCCAUGAACGUUCUCAUACCAAGGAACGACCGUUCAAAUGUUUGAAAUGUCGUAGCACGUUCGUUCGUCGCGAUUUACUCCUCCGCCACGACCGCACCGUCCAUGCGAAAGAUGGCGGCGUACCACUUCAGAGUGAAGCCAAGCGUCGCAACACCGGCAACACCAGCAAAACCGCGCAGAACGCCGAUGUUGAUGUCGAUGUCGAUGUCGAUAAACUGCCUGACCUCGACGAUGAUGCCGGUCUCGAUCAGUUCACCGAUGCCGGGAAUCCGUUCGAUGUCGAGCAGGCCGCUAUGCUCAUGCACAACUUCCAGCAAAAGGCUGCCAUGUCAGGCCAGGACCAAGAAUCCAUCCACAACGAGCCUCUCAUUGCUCCACACGUUCCUCAAAUGAUGGAGCCGACGAUGCCAUCAUAUCCCGGAUCGAUGACACUGCCGCAAAUGCACGGGUGGGACCAAAUGCUGCCUCAGAACAUAUCCCAAGCAAAGGCGUCGUCGAUCACAUCCAGCGGCGAUGCGCACAACGACUUGCUGCAGUUUCCCACCACCGGCUCUCUGUCCGGCGCUUCUAACACGCUGCCGCCAUUGAUGGAACGCACACAAAGUCAGCAAGAUGGUCUUCCAAAUUUCACAACAUCAUCCAUCAUGGGUGCGGGUCUCUCCACUCCCGGUGCAUUGUCGCCCUUCCCUUCCAUGAUGGGCCCAGUCUCACCCGUCGACUAUCGAAGAUCUCCCGGGCCAGCACAACAAUGCACCAUGGCCAAGGCUCCGCAAGUCGAGACCGAUGAUCAAGUCACACGCAUCAUGGAAAACAUCCGACGAUGCGACCGAGAAGGUGCGCUCUUGGAUACAUUCCGUCUGCCGCAGGUCUCGGUACUAAACCGCUACCUGUCGACAUACUUCAACUUCUUCCAUCACCACUUGCCAUUUAUCCAUCCAUCAUCAUUCAAGCCGGCAAUAGUGUCAGCGCCGCUUCUACUGGCUGUGCUGUCUAUCGGCGCAUUGUACACUUUCGAGCAAGACCAGGCAUACAUGCUUCAUAUCGGAUCCAAGGUCCUCGUCACGCAAUUCCUCCAGAAGAAGGACAACUUCAGCUCGCGCAAGUGUCCUCUCUGGAUGAUGCAGAGUUCAUUACUCAACAUGAGCUUCGCCAGCUGGAGUGGUGAUCCAAAGGGUCUAGAAUGGGCGUGCUCGAUCAAAUCACUCCUCGCCAACAUGGUCGCCGGUAACAGGUACGAGCUUAAGCUGCGGACAGAGGCGAGAGAAGGACGCCAACCAACGCACGAAGAGUGGAUCGAGGACGAAGGCUGCAGGCGGACAUACUAUGCCGUCUACAUAUUCUUCGGUCUUCUGACGCUGACGUACAACCACACUCCGGCGAUAAGCUUCAACGAGUUUGACACUCUAGAACUGCCGUCCUCCGAAACCCUCUGGAAUCUGGAAGCUGCAGACAGUGACAGCUGGAGCGACAACCUCACUGCAUCGACUAUCAUCACCUUCCGAGAAGCACAUGAUGCGCUCUUCCAGGGCGAGUCCGCUCGGUAUAGUGCAUUCGCGACUCGCGUCAUGGUCAACGCACUAUUCCUCGAGGUCUGGUACCACAAGCGCAGUCCCGAGGCUCUGCAAGAUGUCGUUACGGAGUACAAGCUUCGACUGGCGCUCGAUACCUGGGAACAAUCCCUUGACAUCUGCGAGCCCGAGACUGUUGUCGUGCAACUAAGCGCACCUCACAAAGGCCACCCGCUCAUCUUCAACGCCAUGGCGAUGUACCGAAAUACUCGCGCAAGACUGUUGGUCGACCUCAAGAGUAUACAGGAAGCCCUUCGCUACCACGACUCCUACGAGGUGGCUGCAGCGAUGACCCACGCGCGUGACAAGGUCAAGCGAAGUGCUGAAAUGCUGAACGUCAUUCAAAACUGCUUCGACUGCAUUGAAGUUGCGGCGUUGCAGGGCAUCCGUUGGGUCGCCAGAACAUCGGCUACCAACUGGAGUAUCGAGCAUCCCUUGUGUGGUCUUGACCUGAUUGUCAUCCUCAGCUUAUGGCUCUGGCGUGUUGAACACGACGACGAGCCGGCGACUGAGGAUGAGAAAGUCAUGUAUCAGAAACUGCGAAGUCUGUUCGACGACGAUACUGUCGACGGCUUUGGCCAGAAGCUCAGCUCGACGGUGGCAAGACUUUGGGGUAGUAUGAUUGAUGAGGUCGUCGUUUGGGGCAUCACCAAACUCAUGGGCGAAUCCUUCAAACUUCACGCACAAGCACUCAUCGGCUACGAGGACGCAUUGUUGACCGAGCAAGCCAACAAUUCGACUUCCGUGCCAGCAGUCAUCGCUCCCCACGCCACCGAAGUCGCAGCCUACUGA